AUGAAAUUGCCAGGGACAGGUGAGGCAGCUUCAUUCCAAUUUAAUAUUUAUGUUCCUUAAAAUGGACGGGAAAAAAAAGAUAAUACCUGACUAAUUAUCAUAUUAAUUAGUUAUAGACUUCCUUUUAAAACUAUAUUGGAUUGCGAUUCAAAACGUGAGUUGAAAAGCAAAACAAAAAGUCAAAGAAUGACGGUGUUAUUACCCUGAUCUCCCCAAGAUCCACUUUUAAAACCUAGCCUAAUUCUAAUAUUUGCUUCAGCGAUGUAGAGAGUUUUGAUGCCCAUCGUUUGUUAUUUAUUUAUUCAUUUACUUUCUUCUCAUAGAGUGCCAACCAACCUGUUUCAAAAACUCCUCUUACAUAUUUUCGAAAAGCAAAAUUUACAGGUUUCCUAACAAUGAAGUCUGCUCCAUCUCGGGAGGUUAUUUAGUCUCCAUCGAGACUGAGGAAGAAUGGCAGUUUAUCAAUCAUGAGAUUCAAAAGCGUGGUACUUGGAAUACUUCGACUUUUAAUGCGUGGCUCAUUGGUUUGGAGAAGAAAGGCGGUGUUUGGAUAUGGAAGAGUGGAGAACAGCUGAAUAUUUCGAAAUGGCGAGAUUCUGAGCCAAGUGUGAACGACGAAAGGGCGGAAAUAUCCAUGAAUGGAAGCCUCUUUAAUGGUAUCUCUCGGAAUGGUAAAGGAGAUGCCUACAUUUGCGAGAUGCCCGGAGGUAAGAUCACAUUCCAACCAUAAAGCAUAUAAUGUGCUGAAACAUUAGCAGUCUUGCACGUAUGUCAUGAAAAUUGAUCUUGCUUCUUAAAAGUAAAAAACAUUGUUCACAGAAUAUACUCAGCCCACCUAACUUGUACGUGUGAGCGAUGAAUGAACUUUUAGGCGCGCAUAAGUAGUUGAACACACUGCCCGUGAAAUUUUCUGUGUAUGCUUGUUGUUUUGAACAUAACACAUCGAAGUACUUUUAUUUUUGUGUGUCCGGGUGUGUGUUUCUUGUACAAGUCAGUGAUCAAUAUGUUAUUCACCGGCUGGAAGGUCUGUAUUGGGUAACACUGUGCCCAAGGUCUUGAACACCGGUAAUUGAGAUAAAUUGCACAGUUUUUCCCAAUACGGACCAACCUAGGCUGGUGAAUAACAGUUUUUUUCUUGAAAUCAACGAAAUGUUUUCCAUAAGAGCCCUAAUGCUCGUUUGUUUGCUGCAAUCGCGAGUGCAACUCUGGUCUUUCAUCAAAAGGGGAAUUUUAAAGUAGCUUUUUCUCGUUGAAUUCCUCUGUUUACUGUUGCGAAAUUUAAGGUACCAAUGUCCGGAUUGAACGGACUUCUAAAGACUUACCGAAAGCGUAUUUGAAGUAUAGAAGACCUCACUGUUCUCCAAGGAACAAAUUGUUUGAGAGAAUUCAGAUACAUAAUGAAUGAAAUUACCAUUAAUUAAUUCAACUGUGAAGAAAUACCUCACGUUUUAACUUUCUGAGUUACUUCUAGUAAGGUUUAGGUUAAUUACAAGCGGCUUUUAGGCCGUGCGUUAACCCAUCUAAUGACAUGUUUGCUACCAAUAUUCAUCUCAAAACCAAUUUUUUUGCAGGCAAACAAAGUGAUCUGAGAGAGAGAAAGAGAGAAUGAAUAAGUUAUCAAUCGGCUUGAUUUGCUCCAAAACGAUUUGCUUAAAAAUACUGUCCAGCCGGCAAAACGAAAUACAUUUAUGAAAAAUGGCAAUAAAGCUAAAGAUGUAAUCGGCAGCUCGCUCAAGCGAUACCCUGCCCGUGGGCAGAGAUAGGAAAACCCGGACCGCAUUAAGUACCAAUAAGAUUCCAGGAUCCGUUACCGUACCCUCUGAGAAAAACAAAUAAUAAAUGCAGUUCUUUCGAGAAAGGUUAUCGGAAAAAAGCGUGUCGGAAGUGUAAGCGAUAACCUGAAAGGUAUUGCUGGUAGCUCUUAGGUCAUGGUUAGACUUGACCUCAGGAAUUCAGGGAAAUCUAGGAAAUGUCACUUUAAGGAGGAGGCAUCACGGGUUUGAACAACCUAUUUUAAUUGCAAGACUGACUUUAAAUUCUAAACUGCAUGAGCUAACCCUAAUUAAUUUAUCUUUAAUUUUUAUGUCCCUAAUGAUUAUCGUUCCCCAGAUAAUCUUUUGAGGUUGUCGCCUGCACUUUAAAGUUUUGCUCUUUGCCGGUAACAACUGUAUACGGUUAAAUGCGUAUCUCCAGUUGCACAUUUAUGGGAACCUACAUUCACAUUUAAUUUUACGUUUUUUAAGUCUGAUUAGAUAGAGGAGGAAGAGUAGGGGGCGGAGUGGGGAAGGUGUCAGCUCAACGAGGAACUAAUUAAUAUUCAAAAACUUGACCACCAAAAUUACAUGAAUUCACAAAUAAUCUUAGCUGAUGUGAAGUUAACUAAUCCACAAAAGCAGGUCAGGGUGGCGGACGCCUUAGUGAAGAAAGAUGUAUUGUAUUGAUUGACACUGAUCAAACAAAUACAUAUGAUGUAAAAAAAAAAGAAAAAGGAAUUAAUUGGGGAAUGAGUCCCGUUUUCUGUCUCAUUCAUUUUUUCCUUUAUUGUGAUUGUGGUUAUAAUCUUUUCAUGUUAUCAAUGUUAUUAUAAUCAUCACUUUGUGUAUCAUCAUUAGGAUAAUUGGUAUUUUUGUUUUCAUCUUCAUCAUCAUGUAGAAUGCCCAAAUAUAACUUUUAAAAACUCUUGGUACAUAAUUUCGGUGGAUGGAGAGUCCUGGUACUGGGGCAGACACACUUGCUCAAGUCUAGGAGGGGACCUAGUUUCCUUUGAAACCCAAGAAGAAUGGAGUUUAAUUAAUGACGAAAUUCAAAGGCGAAAUACUACGAACUAUGAAAAUAAAUGGAGAAUUGGUUUAAAAAAAAGGGCCAGGAAUUGGACCUGGGUGAGUGGAAGACCGCUGACUAUUUCUAAAUGGGGACAAGGGGAGCCAAGUAGUGAACACAACGCGGCUUUCAUGUAUAAGAGGUUCCGUAAUGGCGAACAGGGCGUAUUUGGAAGUGAUAAUGGUACAAGUGGGAAAAAACAGCACGCUUAUAUUUGUGAGAUCCCCAAGGGUGAGUUGAUAUGUUGUUUUUGUUGUUGUUGUUUUUUUUUUUAUUUUUUUAAUGUUAUUUGAGUAAACUCAAAGGCACUAGAAGCGCUUAAGGGCGAUAUAAAACAUUAUUUGCUAACGUUCGUGGUAUUCUCGAGAGAAAUUAUAAAAACCCUCACACAGUCAAAAUCAAGUUUACACUUACCUUUGCGUAAAUUGAAAUAUUUUUGAAACAAUCUCAAUGAACUUUUUCACGAUAUACAUGUCUAACUUUAACCUUGUGAACAGGGGAAAGUUACAGAUGGUUCUGUUACAAUCACUUUUACGAAUAACAACAGUUAUGAAACUGAUGGCGAAUACCAAUUGCAAAGAAUUAUCAGUCCAAUUGCUUUGUUAGACGAUAACGCGUGAUGAUGUGAAGAGCGUUUUCUUUUUGAAGAGCUUGUGACUCAUGUCGGUUAAGAACCAUGCCAAUUAUCGUUUUCUAAAACAAAUACAACAGACUUGCAGACUUAUUUGUUCUUCGGAUAGGGGAAUCAAUUUUAAGUCUACUGUAUUCUAUUUUAAUAUCCGAUCGUUUGAACUGUAAAGUUGUAGGGGCUAAUUUCAAUGCAAUGCAAAAUGUGCAGUGAACAUAAUAAACUGACCAUCGUGCAUCCAAUUCGAAUAUGGCGGACAUUUCGAUCGACUUAGCAACCAUUACUCUAUAACGAGGUUAGUAAGGAUUACUUCAAUUCUCAUAUAUCACCAGAGGGUGAUACAUUUUCUUGUCAAAAAGGUAGUCAAUUAAAAAUUGGUUCAUACGUCAGCGUGCGUUCAUCGAGAUAUAAAGCACGCGGGAAGUUUGGAGAGCACGAAAGAUGCGUAAGAGUUGCUCGAGGCGUAGCUUCUUGAGUGGAAAAUGUUUUUUCUCGAGGGAUUUGCUUGCUGACAUCAUGAGCGCGCACAAUGGGAAUAUGAAGCACGCUCGCGCAAUUGAAUUUGAUUACACAAAUUUACUGGCUAUGUUAUAAUACUGAGUUGGAAUAUAAUUGAUGUUCUGCGCACCGAAAAGAUAUACAUAGGCAUGCGUAGAUGAGAUGGGACACUUUGGAUUCUUAACGCUUUCAGUCUUGAAACAGGAAAAGAGCAAAACUUUUCAAGCAACCAGAAUUGUGUGGAGAAUCAAUUAUCAGUAGCAUCUAGUCCCAUGUGAUAUUUUUUCAGUGGUGUUGGGUAUUGCGCUUCGAAUACGUGAUAAAAUGCAGGUUGUUUCCAAGGAAACGACACGUUGUAAAGUGAAGUCUAAAGAGCCAAAAUGGAAUUUGAUUGGUGGAAUAUUAUUCAAGUAAGAAAACGCGGAACAGGAUAUUGAAAUAUUGUGUAACAGCUUUUUCAGCUAUUAGGGAAAAGUCUACAAAAUAUGUUUCAUUCUCUAGUAUUUUGGUGUGUAGUUUUCGAAAAACAUCCUACAGCCCCAUCUAAGCAAUAAUUACACAAGAUGUCUGCCAAAGACGAAUAAAAUGCUAAAGAAACAAUAGGAGCUUUCUGUAUAACUAAUAAAAAAUCGAGUGCGUUUAAGAGUUUUGAACUUUAUUGGCGGCCAUUUUGUUACUCCCCUUUCCGCUCGCAGUUUUGCCCUCGCAGUGUAAUAGUAAGGCAAUUUUUUUGUAUGAUGUGGUCUUGAUUAACAUUUUUCUUUCAAGAUUCCUCAAUAUCUUCAGUAACUUCGUCGCCUUUACUAUCACCCAGAAUAGACCUUGCAACC